AUGGUGCCCCCAGUUCAGGUCUCUCCGCUCAUCAAGCUUGGCCAAUACUCAGCCCUGGUCCUCGGCAUGGCCUACAGCUCCAAGCGCUAUAGUUACCUAAAACCCCAGGCAGAGGAGGAAAAGAAGAGACUAGAUGAGCUGAAAUGGAUUGAGAGAGAACUGGCGGACGCUCAAGAUGACCACAUACUCAAGUAA